AUGAGAAUUGCAGUUAUUUUCUUCGGCUUCUUGGCCACUACUUACGCCUUUCCAGUUAAACAUGCUGACUCUGGCAGCUCUGAAGAAAGACAGCUUUAUAGCAAACACCCAGAUGCUGUAGCCGCAUGGUUAAAGCCUGACCCAUCUCAGAAGCAGAAUCUCCUAGCACCACAGAACACUGUGUCCUCUGAAGAAACUGAUGACUUCAAACAAGAGACUCUCCCAAGUAAGUCCAAUGAAAGCCAGGACCACACAGAUGAUGUGGAUGAUGAUGAUGACGACGCCCAUGUGGAUAGCCAAGACUCCGUCGACUCAAAUGACUCAGAUGACUCAGAUCCUACGGAUGACCCUGACACUUCUGACGAGUCUCACCAUUCUGAUGAAUCUGAUGAAAUGGUCACGGAUUUUCCCACUGACUUUCCUGGAACCCCUUUUCCCACUCCAGCUGUCCCCACAAUAGACACAAAUGAUGGCCGAGGUGACAGCGUGGCUUAUGGACUGAGGUUAAAAUCUAAGAAGUUAUACAGAUCUGGAGUCCAGUAUCCUGAUGCUACAGAGGAAGACCUUACGUCACACAUGGAAAGCGAUGAGAUGGAUGAUGCACACAGGGCCAUCCUUGUUGCCCAGGGCCUGCCUGCGGCUUCUGAUUGGGACAGCCAUGGGAAGGACAGCCGGGAAACACAUCAGCUGGAUCGCCACAGUGUGGAAACCCACAGCCACGAGCUUGCCAAAGAACAUAAGCUGAAGGCAAUGGAUGCGAGCAAGGAGCAUUCUGAUGGGAUUGAUAGUCAGGAAAAUUCCAGAGUCAACCAUGAGAUCCACAGCCGGGAAUUUCAUAGCUAUGAAGACAAGCUGGCCUCACACCCUCAGAGCGAGGAACAAGAUAAACAUCUCAAAUUUCGCAUUUCUCAUGAAAUAGAAAGUGCAUCAUCUGAGGCCAAUUAA